GAUUAUCUUUCGCACGCACGUGUUUACAAAUUUAUAGUCCAUUGGAACUUCAGAAGUAACAACGCCAUUGUGAAAUAGCCCAACAAUAGAGAUCUGCCAAGGAUAAAUGGAUCACGAAUACGCUGGCGUUAGCCCGCUGGGCGUCGGGGAUGGCAAAGGUGCCGCCUCGGACGCGAUUAUCCUGUGUUGCGAGUGCGGAGUGGCCAUCCAGCCGAAUCCGGCCAACAUGUGCGUCACCUGUCUGCGCAACCAUGUCGACAUCACGGAGAACAUUCCUAAGCAGGCGGUGCUCCACUUCUGUCGCAAUUGCGAGCGCUAUCUGCAGCCGCCAAACGAGUGGAUCCAGGCCGCCCUGGAGUCCCGUGAACUGCUGGCCAUCUGCCUCAAGAAGCUGAAGGGCCUGAAGGACGUGAAGCUGGUGGAUGCGGGCUUCAUUUGGACGGAGCAGCACUCCAAGCGCAUCAAGGUGAAGCUGACCGUGCACGGCGAGAUCACCGGCGGAACGGUGCUGCAGCAGGUCUUCGUGGUGGAGUUCACGGUGCAGAAUCAGAUGUGCAACGAUUGCCACCGCACCGAGGCCAAAGACUUCUGGCGCUGCCUGGUGCAAGUGCGCCAGCGGGCAGACAACAAGAAGACCUUCUACUAUUUGGAGCAGCUGAUCCUGAAGCACAAGGCCCACGAGAACACGCUGGGCAUAAAGCCGGAGCACGGCGGCCUGGAUUUCUUCUACGCCAGCGAUAACCAUGCCCGUCGCAUGGUGGACUUUUUGCUGACCAUGGUGCCCGGCAAGGUGACCACAUCCAAACGUCUCAUCUCGCACGAUAUCCAUAGUAACAACUACAACUAUAAGUACAACUGGUCGGUGGAGAUAGCUCCGGUGUCGAAGGACAGUGCCGUUUGCCUCUCCAAGAAGCUGCGCCACCAGCUGGGCAAUCUCUCGCCAGUGGUCCUGGUCAACCGGGUGUCCAGCAGCAUUCACUUGAUUGAUCCCCUGACGGCGCAGAUCGCCGAACUCACCUCGCAGGUGUACUUCAGAGCUCCCUUCGAAGCCAUCUGCAAUCCGAAGCAGCUGGUUGAGUACAUCGUCAUGGACAUUGAUGUCAUCAUGGAAAAGGAUCGCAAGAGCUAUCCCGGCCAGGGUCAGGUCUCCUUCAAGCACGCCCUCUGCGACAUUUGGGUGGUGCGUGCCUCGGAGCUGGGCAUCAACGACAACCCCAUUCACACACGCUCCCACUUGGGCCACCUGCUCAAGGUGGGCGACUCUGUGAUGGGCUACAACACCGGCGAGGCCAACAUCAACGAUCAGGAGUUCGACAAACUAUCGCCAGAGCUUAUUCCAGAUGUGAUCCUGGUGCGCAAGCACUACGAUCGCCAGACCAGACUCAGCCAGCGCGUGUGGAAGAUCAAGCAUCUGGCGGCGGAAGCCACCGAUGAGCGCAGCAAGUACGACUACCACGAGUUCCUCGACGAUCUCGAGGAGAACGAGGAUAUCCGCGGACAGGUCAACAUCUAUCGGGACACCAACAAGACGGUACCUGUCGAGGUGCAGGCCGCUGGCGGAGAUGUGCCGCAGAUCACGUUGGAGGAGAUGCUGGAAGACAUGACGCUCGAGUGCGCCGACGACGAGAUGGGCGACGAGGGAGGUGCCGAGGAGGCCGAGCCGCAGUUAUAGGUUUUUUUUUUAUUUAUACAACAUUUUCUUUUACCCAUGUAUGCCCUGUACAUAUUCGCUUAAUCCACAUAAACAACUAGGAAACUAAAGGAAA